CAGACUUAACACUCAAGUGUUGGUUGAACUGAGAAGUUGUUGAAGGAAACCUGUGACAGGACUGAUUGUUGCUUACUGCCUUUCUCUCUCUCUGUCAUUGUUGCCUUUUGCUGUUACAUUGCUUUGUGUUGUCUUUCUAAGCCAAGAUGUUCUCGGAUAAUUCGCACUGCCCUGAUUGUGGGCAGCAGUGGUUCCCUAGUUUAGAACUAGGGCAUUGGCUAUACCAAACUGAACUUGUUGAGAAUGAAUGUUACCAAGUGUUCUUAGACCGUAUUAACAGAGCCGAUUAUUGCCCUGAAUGUUAUCCUGACAAUCCUGCUAAUAGAAGCCUUGUUCUGCCUUGGUCUUUCCCACUUGAGUGGGCACCUCAAAAUCUGAGCCGGUGGACCUUUGAGAAAGCUUGCCAUCCAUUUCUUCUGGGUCCUCCACUGGUUAGAAAGAAGAUACAUGACUCCAGGCUAGCUGGUUUUAAUCCUGCAUUACAUUUAGUCUUGUCCAGAACAGACAAAACCUUAAACAAGAAACUUGGCCAAAGCAAGUGACUUCUGUAACAGAAUCAUGGAGAUUCUCAAGGGCUUCGUGUUCAUAGCCUAGGGGAAGAUGAAUAAUAACUUGUUUCUGUUUUCUUUCUCUUUUUCUUAUUUUUUUAAGGUGCUGGGGAUGAAUCUGAGUGCCCUGUGCAUGCUAGGCAA